GACACACAGGACGUCCGGCAUAGCUACUAGUUAGCUGUCGAUAAUCCAGCCCCCCCACAGCAUCGAGUCCCACUUCUACCGUGCAGGGCAUAUUAUUGACCGCAUUGCUUACGGAGUAAUACCCAACCGGUCACCUGCUUUGUGACCGCCGUAUACAUAUAGCAUUGGACUCGUCUCUCGUACCGGGGUUCGCCACUACCGGUCACCUCACUCACUUACGUCGGGCCAUUAUACAGAGUAAGGGACAUAUUCUGAGCCUGGUGCCCUAGGGUGAAUCGGACGGGGAGUCAUAUCGACCCUAUUGCAAUUUAUAUCUCCGACCCCGAUCAAGAUCCCUAGGAGACUCCCUCUUUACAGAAUUUAGGCACAAUGUCCUUGAAACAGGAGAUUGAAACCUGGGUGCAGGCACUCGAAUUCUACGAUAAUGAGGACCUGGAGGAGGCUCUCCGGGUUUUCGGUACUAUUGCCGACACGUCGAAGAUUCUCUUCAACUGUGGAGUCAUCUUUGCUACCCUGGGAGAACAUGAGAGAGCAGUUGAGUACUAUCAGCGUGCCGUCAGCUUAGAUCAGUAUCUCGCAAUUGCGUAUUUUCAGGAGGGUGUUUCCAAUUUCCUUCUUGGCGACUUUGAGGAGGCAUUGGCCAACUUCAACGAUACUUUGCUAUACCUUCGAGGCAAUACAUCUAUCGAUUAUGAACAGCUAGGCCUCAAAUUCCGUCUUUUCUCAUGUGAGGUUCUUUUCAACCGUGGCCUGUGCUAUAUCUAUCUCCGGCAGAUGGGUCCUGGUAUGCAAGAUCUCGAAUUUGCAGCCAAGGAGAAGGUCACGGUGGACCACAGCGUGAUCCACGAUGCGAUUCGAGAAAGGGCCGAGGGCUACACUGUCUUCUCCAUCCCAGUUGGAGUCAUCUAUCGACCGAAUGAGGCUAAGGUCAAGAACUUGAAAACAAAGGAUUACCUAGGCAAAGCGAAACUUGUUGCCGCUGCUGAUAGGAGCAACACGCCUGUGCUCCAAGGAGCCGAUAUCAAACGAGUGAUUGAUCAACAGUCUGCUGAGAGUAUCCCGUAUGGAGCAGCCAACUCAGCCCAAAAAAGCUUGACGACGCGCAGCCGCCAGCAGUCGGAACCACCGCUGAAUCGCAAUUUGUUCCCUCCCACGCCCCCACCCGAUGCGGACAAGUCAAGUACCAAUAGCUCAUCCGGUGGCAGUCUAGGAGUGUCGAGCCGGUCAGCCUCAGUUCGUGCAGCCCGUCCGCCGCGUCUUGAUCUUGAUCGGCCCGGUGCCAACCUGAACAAUCGGGCUGGCACGGAUUCAUUCCCAGGACCAGUUGAAAAGCCGCGAAUUGGAACGACACGAACGGCAUCAGAGCCACGGGGACCACCCGCAAGACAAUUUCAACGAGGGUUUGAUAGUCGUCAAAUGCCGUACCGAGAAAACACUGGUGGCCAUCGAAGAAACAUGAGUGAUACUGGCUUUGCGCCUGUGGCAGAAGAUGGAUACGCAGAAGAGGAGUAUGGUAUUUACAUGCGGCCUCGAUCUAUAGCUGUAGGGAAUAGUGGGAGAAGAGGCCCGACGCGCCACCAUCAAGGGUAUAUUGACGAGGAAGAGGAGUAUGGCAGUGAUGUCUGCGACGAGGACGGUUUCGAUGACGGUGAGUUUGAAAUUGUGGGAGCUUCCCAACGACGUACAAGAUCGCCUCCUCGGCACUCGAGACGCGCCAACUCACGCCGGCCUGAAGUUCGCAAGUUCCGGAUCAAGGUGCACGCUUUCGAAGACACACGAUACAUCAUGAUUGGACCUACCGUCGAGUUUGCUGAAUUCGUGGGAAGAAUCCGCGAGAAGUUUGGUUUUAACUCGCUGUUGAAGAUCAAGAUGCAGGAUGAUGGUGAUAUGAUCACAAUGGUGGACCAGGAAGACCUGGAGUUGCUCUUAAUAUCUGCCAAAGAAGGGGCACGACGGGAAGGGAGCGAAAUGGGCAAGAUGGAGGUAAGGGAUUUUGACCUAUUUCAAAGUGGAUGAGGCUGACAAUUUCUCUCUCAGAUCUGGGUUGAAGAGAGGACGAUGAUUUGAACUCAAGCGUCCGCAGUCUCAUUUUCUCUCUUGGGCAGUUGGUGUUUGGCUUGUCGGUUUUGCAUUGAAUGGUUUUUGGUUGGAGGUUUAUACCCAUAUUUAUGAUUUUGUUCAGCCAUGA